AUCCCUCUCUGAACCACUACCUCCAUCGUUCAUAGCUCGUUGUAGUAUUUUGACACCACAGAAAUGGCUCCCACAAAGAACGCUCGUCUCCUAUUCAAUGAAGUACCAGAUGGUUAUCCCAUCCCCGGCCAAACCACUGUUUAUGAUGUCAGCGAGAAAAUAGACCUGGACAAUGUCCCCUUGAAUGGCGGUUUUUUGCUCAAGACGCUUGUAUUGUCUAUUGAUCCUUAUCUGAGAGGCAGAAUGCGAGAUUCGUCUUUGCCUAGUUACAUACCCGCAUUUGAACGGGGGAAACCAUUGGUAAACUAUGGCGU